CCUGCACAACAUUUCACUGACAGACCUUUCUUUAAAGUAGGCAGCGCUGUUAAGGCAAAGAAAUGGAAGAGAUAUUCUACAUCCUCGGCUUGGAUUGGAUCGACGUCAGGAGCGUCUUAAUAUUUGUUGGUGUUUUUCUACUUUUGGCUGAUGUUUUGAAGAACAGAGCACCGAAAAACUUUCCUCCAGGACCGUGGGCACUUCCUUUCAUCGGCGAUCUUCAUCGUAUUCAACCUACCAGACUUCACCUGCAGUUCACAGAAUUUGCACAGAAAUAUGGAAACGUUUUCAGCCUUCGCCUCUUUGGUAGAAGGAUUGUGGUCAUCAGUGGCUACAAGUUUGUGAAAGAAGCCCUGGUCGAACGAGGAGAAGACUUUGCAGAUCGUCCCCGUAUUCCAUUGUUUGAAGUGAUGUUUCAGAAUAAUGGUCUUGUGAUGUCAACUGGCUAUCUAUGGAAGCAGCAGAGGAGAUUUGCUCUUCAUACACUCAAAAACUUUGGUCUGGGAAAGAAGACCAUGGAGAGAUACAUCCAGCAGGAGUGCCAGUACCUCACAGAGGCUUUUGCAGACCAACAAGGCAAACCAUUUAAUGUUCAGCAUCUGAUAAAUAAUGCUGUGUCCAACAUCAUCUGCUGUUUGGUGUUUGGGAAUCGAUAUGAAUAUAAUGACAAGCAGUACCAGUAUAUUCUGGAGACGUUCAAUGAGAUUGUGCAUCUGCAGGAAGGUUUGUGGGUACAGAUUUACAACACAGUCCCCUGGCUGAUGAAGUGGUUUCCUGGACCUCAUAAGAAGGUAAUCACUUGUCUACAGCAAAUAGUUGAUUUCAUAGAAAUCAAGAUCAAAGAACACAAAGACACCCUUGACCCAUCAUCACCAAGAGACUACAUUGACUCCUUCCUCAUAGAAAUGGGACAGAAAGAGGACAAAGAGUCUGGGUUUGAUCUCAGAAAUUUGUGUUGUUCGACUCUGGACUUGUUUGGUGCUGGAACUGAAACUACUACCACAACUUUACACUGGGCGCUGCUAUACAUGAUUAACUACCCUGACAUACAAGAGAGAGUCCAGGCUGAGAUUGAUGCUGUGAUUGGUUCGUCCAGACAGCCGUGUAUGUCUGACAGAGAAAACCUCCCCUACACUGAUGCAGUCAUCCAUGAGAUACAGAGGAUGGGCAACAUCGUCCCCCUCAAUGUGGCUCACAUGACAAACAAUGAUACUACAGUGGAUAAGUACACAAUCCCAAAGGGAACCAUGAUCCUGGCUACACUGCACUCUGUCCUCCAUGAUGUGUCAAUGUGGGAAACUCCAAACUCCUUCAACCCUCAACACUUUCUGGACCAGGAUGGUAAAUUUAGGAAGAGAGAGGCCUUCCUUCCAUUUUCUGCAGGUAAGCGUGUGUGUCUCGGUGAGCAUCUGGCCAGGAUGGAGUUGUUCUUGUUCUUCACAUCCCUCCUUCAGAGGUUUUCAUUCUCUGCACCCCCUGGAGUGCAGCCCAGUCUGGAGUACACCAUGGCAGCCUUUCGUUGUCCUAAACCUUACCGUGUCUGUGCUGUGCCACGAUAAAGUCAGACAGAAAAACAUCAUGUUUUAUGCUCAGUGAAUCACCAUCACAGUGUUCUUGGAAUGCAUCAUGAUAAUCAUGUAAUAAUUUCAUGAAAUAAUGUAAUUUGACAUAUUUGUUCUUCUCCUCAACUUAGCUUAAAUGUUAAGGUAAAUAGGUAAAAUAACCAAAAACUGUCAGUUUCCAAAACACACUUACAUACAUAUUGAUGUAGCUUAUCAAAACAUACCUUUGUUCAAGUAUGAACAAUGAUCGCUUGACCCAGUUAGCAGUGAUCUCUAUUGAAAAUACUGUGGCACGGUCCAUUUCAUUUGAUAACAUUCUUGACAAAUGGGGGAGUGCAAAGGCUCAACAUGUAACAAUGUAGUGGUAACAUUUACCUUAAGUACUAACUGUUAAGUAGUGGGUGACACUACAUGUAAUUUGACUUAUGUUUUGUUUUUGGUGGUAGAUCACCUGCUGUGCUGUUUUGUUGUUUUUUUUUUCAGUAUGAUACCUCUCUCUAUGUCUGUCUGUCUCUCUGUCUCUCUCUCUUCCUCUCUGUUGUUGUUUUUUGCAGUAUGAAACCUUGUCACCAGUCCCAGUUGAAACUGCAAAUAAUACAUUUUGCAUUUAAUGACUUGCUUCAAAAUAAAAGCAGUUGAAUACAA